CGGUGCGGAAACCGCAGCCUCACUGAGGAUGGAUCAUGGCGCUGCUACAGUGCUAGAUACGCUGCCAAUAUCGCAUACAUGUGCUGUCACAUGGGAAAGUGGAAUGUGAGGGGCGCUAGUAUGCACUGGAGUGGCAGGAAUACCAUACCACCUGGGGAUAAACUUUUGCUUCACCACAAUGCAUCAAGGGUGCUGAAUUCAACCUCGUACAGCUUGAGUGUGCCCUAUGUAUCAUUGGCUUUUGAGGGUUUUGCACACAGAAGCAAGGGGCCAAUAUCAGAAAGUACGAGAAAGAGCAUCUGGCACGCUCAAAGGUUACACAUCUUUUCAGAUUGAAGAUUCUAGCGCCAGGGACAGUCUUUCUUUUUGCUCAGCCAUCCAACGUUGUUCAAACAGCAGUCAAUCUGCAGAAAAGUGCCCAUACUCAAGCAAGCUCUAAUCCCUAUUGUGAAAGUCAUACAGCUCAUUGGCUCUUUCUAAGCCGCUCAGUGCGUUUCAGUGGGUCCCUUGCGCUCUAAAGCUCGUUGAGAAGCUUCUAUAUACCUGCGCUUAAAAAAUCUUUAGUGGUGGGCUGUCGAAAGGCCGCCCGAAAUGCAGGCCCUGCAGGGCUGGUUCUCGGGAGGCGUGUCCGAGGACCGUCCAAAGUCCCUGGUUGCAGAAUGGAACACUUAUGCAACCACCUCGCACUCCGGUGCGGGGCUGGCCGCCAGCUCAGCGGACUUGGAAGCUGGGGAGACAGACUCGUUCCUGCAGAACCCGAUGCUGAAGCAAGCAAAUACAUUCCUGCUGAAAGGGUUCGCUUCAAUCGACAAGGGGGUGCGGGAGCUUCCGGGGAGCAUCCAGACGUCGGCGCAAAAUAUCCCGUCGAGAAAGGCCAUCAUGUACUUCGGCCUCUCGAUGGGCACGGGCGUCUUCUUCCUCUCCAUGGCUUUCACCAUCUUCCUCCCUCUCAUGGUCGUUGCCCCCCAAAAAUUCGCCGUCUGCUUCACCCUCGGCUGCCUCUUUAUUAUUGGGGCCUUCUUCGUACUAAAGGGACCCAAGAAUCAGCUGCAUCACAUGUUGUCGGCCGAGCGGUUGCCCUUUACGUGCAUCUUCCUCGCCAGCAUGGCGGCGACCAUCUACGUAUCCAUGGUCAUGCACAGUUACCUCCUAUCGGUGGUCUUCUCGGGAAUUCAGGUCAUGUCAUUGCUAUACUACGCCGUUUCGUACUUCCCGGGGGGGGCAGCGGGGAUGCGAUUCUUGGGGUCGAUGGCCACUUCCGCGUUCAUGAAGUGCUUAGGCAAAUAGCAUUCGUAGGAACGUUGAUUAACGUUUGCUUUGUACAUAAAGAGGAUUCGUCGAGACGGAUUGACGCUGGUUGACGAGCAAUAGGAGAGUGUCGACUUUACGAUGCAGCUGGCUUGCAAGCGCGUGCACUUGAAUGGCACAGCCUGAUGCGCACAGUUGUCGAGCUUUGACGUGGUAGGUUUUCAGACACUCGAUUCAAAGCAUCAUGUCCAAUGCUGGUCGCGAAUCGCUGCAUCGACUAGCUUGAAGAUGAAGCUUAAAAAAGCGGAUGCCCGAUUGCUGU